AAGAUGGCGUCCGCGACAUUCGUGCUGCUGCUGUCAAAUCGGCUUGGGAUACGCCUAAACCCACUGGUGGCUCGUCUCCAGCUCUGAAAGCAGCUCAACACCGUCUCCGCAUCGCGAGAACGUCCUCCUACUCCGAGGCUCGAUUGAAUUUCGCACACACACAGGCCUCUUCCGACGUUCGAUGCGCUCAUUUGGAGGCUAGGUCUUGUCAUUGUCAGUCACUUGUUGGCCAGCAGCAGCAGCAGCAGCAGCAGCACAAUGAUCCAGCAGGCUCGCUCGCCCGGCUGAUUGUUUUUUCCCCGCGCAUACGAGUCUGCAGCAGCUUCUCUCUGGCCUGCAUCUUAUUGCUCUCUCGCGACGAGUCAUCACCUCGAACCAGGUCUACCGACAGGAGUAAAGAGUCCUAUCAACUGCUGCGAGACAUGGAGGCACUGGUGGAGUACAAUUACGAAGCCCAGGAACCCGACGAGCUCACCAUUCGCAAGGGCGAUAUCAUCAAGGAGAUCAAGGUGUUGAGCGGAGGCUGGUGGGAAGGCACUCUCAGAGAUAAGAGAGGAAUGUUCCCUGACAAUUUUGUUAAGGUUCUGGUGCCUCAGGGAGGAGCCAGGAACAGCGCAGAGAGAGCUACGCACGAAGAGGUCACUCUACGCAAUGGCUCUGGAAGGAAGUAUUGCAGAGUUCUGUUCAGCUAUGAACCCUGCAACGACGACGAACUCAAACUCAUUCCAGAAGAAGCUAUAGAGUACUUGGGUGAGGUGGAAGAGGGAUGGUGGAGGGGACGUAUAAAAGGAAGAACCGGAGUCUUUCCUUCCAACUUUGUCUCUUCUCCAGUUCCGGAAGAAACUGAGAGGAACAAGCAAGACAAGAAGGAAUUGUGCAGAGUACUUUUUCCCUAUGAUGCUGCCAAGGAGGAUGAACUCACACUUGCUGAGGGUGAUAUCAUAACAUUAUUGUCUAGAGAUGCUCCUGACAAGGGCUGGUGGAAGGGUGAACUUAAGGGACAAAUCGGCCUCUUUCCUGACAAUUUUGUAGAAGUGAUAACACUGAAAAAUGAUCACACAGAUGGUACAGCCAAUUCGAUUUCAUCUGUCAAGUCCACUCUCAAACAGCAGGGCAAAAGAAAGGAGACAGCCAAUGUCAGAAAAAGCUUGGACACUAGAAACGUCCGCACCGAUAACACCACUAUUAAAAAAAUUCCGUCAUCUGCUUCAACUUCGUCUUUAUCCGGAAGCACGACGGAGAAAAAGUCCAAUCCAUUGAUCUCUAGCUUGAAACGUUUGGUCGGUGACAGUGCUAACGCUGCUAGCAACAAUAAUGGAAAUGGAAACGGAAACGCAGUCGCUGGAUUGGGAGAGGAAUUGGACGAAGUUGAGAGAGGCGAAGGCGCGCCUCUUUCGCAUUUAACGGCGUCGAGAGCUAAGGCUCCCCGCCGAAGGUUACCGUCAACGCAACAUUUAAGGCACAAUGUACCAAAUACCAUUCCAAAUAGCAGUAACAGCCCAUCAGUUGUAGCCGAGGAGAACUUGACCAAUGGAAGUGUAGAGCCUACAGUACCACAGGAGAAAGAAGACGAAAGCGAUGGACUUGUUGCUAAAACCAGGCAAAAGGCACCCUGGGUUGAAGAACUCAAAUUGAAUCAGAUGGAGAGAAGGAAAAUGGGCACGGAACGACCUGAUAAAACAGAAGUAAAGAAGGAAAGAGCAUUUUCAUGGAUGCCUCCGUCUACAAACAGCAUCGAUGUGCCGCCUAGGCCAGAUUUAGAUGGAGAAGAAAUCAAAUCAAAAGAAAAAGAAAAGCUUAAAUCUCCGAAAUCAGAGUCUUCCCCGCCAUCUGAACAACCCGCAUCAUCUCCGGUUACAAAUUUGCCUGCCUUUGUUCCCUACCAUCUUUACAGUCAACUUUUAGAUAGGAUUGCAGUUUUGGAAGAAAAACAGACUACCCUUCAAAGAAAAGUUAAUCAGCUUUCGGACCAGUUAGCUCCGUUUAUAGCUAAUUCAACGAGUGAAAAAAAUUAGACUCGGAAACUUGAAGACUUUUUUUCUGCAUUUAUCUGACAAGAUUUUUUUCAAAUCGUCACGUUGAUAUGUUUUAUGAAUUUAAAAAUUAAUCAACCGAAGAAUUCUUUGUUUUCCGACAAGUAUUUAACAGACUGAGACAUCACACUAAACAUUCCACUUGACGUUCGUAGGCCUACGUUGUGUCUACAAUAGAAGGGUGAGCAGAUACUCUUUCUACAGAUCUCGACAUUCAUUGUUUGAUGAUUUACCUUUUAGUUGCAUUUGCUGCUAAACUAGUUUAUUACGUACUUAAAGGGCAAAGGCUAUACAAGUAAGCCACGCGAAAAUCGUAUUUAAUAGCGUAGAGUUUAAAUUGACUCGAUUGUGCCAAUAAUUUUUACAAUAAGUUACUGUCUCAGCAUCGCCACAAUGUAACCAGUGAUUAGAUAAGAGUAUUAUUUCGGUACGAUAUUUAGCGAAUCAGCAGAAAACGCACCAACUUUCAAAGUGAACUUUUUAUACUAGUGAUUUUUUUUCUAAGCAGACGAUUGAGUUUUUGUAUUUUCUUUGACGAUUGCAUUUCUUUGUUAAUGGAGAACAUAUACACAAAUAUAUAUUUUAUAUCCGUUCGUCGAUAUUAUAACAAUUUGACCGUGAAAAUAAUUUCUAGCAUUUAACAAUCGCUUUGUACUUUAAUAGGCAAUGAUGUACUUAUAAAAAUUAUCGAUGAUCUAUUUAAACGAUAUCAAGCAUACGCAUAUGCUUUGCAGAUAUACUUCUGAUCAAUAGAUAAUAUUCGCUAUGGAGUAUGAUGAGUGAGAGGCGGAAAAGGGACGAAAAGAAAAAUGUAAGUCAGUUGCAUUUCGCGGAACAAGAUUAUGCCUUUUAGAAAGUAUUUUUUAAAAAUUGAAAAACCCCUGCUUCAGUUGUAAAGAGAUAAAACGAUUCGACCCGAGAGAGUCGCAAGCGCUAUCUUUAUACACAUUACGUAGCUCGGAAUCGGUAGACUAGUGAAGAGGGGAACUUUCUCCGACCAAAACUCGUUAUCACGUGUCUUGAAUUGAUAAUUUUAUACUUUUAUAUAACUAUAAUUAGCCGCGAGUGCGCUGGAAACAAUCAAGAGAUCUGCUUUUAUUGUAUUAAUCAAAAGUGCGACGGGAUCGAGAGAGGAAUUUUCAUUCGCAUAGCGAUGCAUUCAUUUUUUCGAGAAGCCGUUAGCGUGUAGAACGUACCAAGGAUGGUUGUGCGUCGAUUAUUUAUAAAUAUCAUUGCGUUUUUAGUCGCUGACGAUUUGUAUUCUUUUUCCGUUGCGAAAAGUCGAAUGUCUCAAACAGAAGCAUAAUAAUGUUGCAAUGCACGAGAGAGAAAUAUAGAGAAAAUCGCCAGCUUGACGAGAGUAAAAACGAGAAAAAGAUAAUAAAAAAAAAAAACAAGGGUAAAAUGGUCCUGCUUAUCGGUUGUCUCUGUCGCGAGCCAAGUUCGACUACCACAUGCACAAGCAAACAAAUUUAUAUAGUCCAUGUUGAAACCGCGUUAUUAAAUGCUUCCAAUAGUCGCUGUAAGAUAAUUGCAUAAUCACCGACAGUAUUGAUCAAUCGAUAUGACGAAGUGAAGAGUGUGACAGAGAGCGCGAGAGGUGCGUUCCCGUGAUAGCCCAUUAUUAUAUGACGAAGAGUUAAAAAAGUCCUAUAUAGCAGAUGUAUUAAAUAGCCGCGGAUGUCGAUGCAGCUUUUUCGGUUGUCGUUGUCGUCUCUCCUACUUCGAUGAGUCGCUGGACCCGUAUGAGACGACUUUGUGUGGGGAGAGAGAACGAGCGAGAGAGAGAGAGAGAGAGAGAGUGUGCGCGUGUUCGAUCGCCGAUGAUCGAGCCUUGGUUUAAGGACGUGUUUUGUAUGUACAUAAUUUAGGAUUGCGACAACAAAUGAAAAAUAUUAUAUUUUCUCUUGCUUUUCGUGAUGAUGAUGAUGAUGAUGAUGAUGACGACGAUGAACUGCGCGUUCUAGCAACGCGACGCAACUAUGUACUUCGUAAUUGUAAAUAUGACUAAUUCAUUGGAGUAUACAUAUAUAUUAUAUAUAUAUAUACAAUUUUCUUUAUAUAUACA